AGUACAACAGCAGUAUAAUAAAGAAUCAUCGAGCCGGAAAAAUAGAAGCAGCACAUAAAUAAACUAUAAAAUGGAUGUUGAUGCUGCACAAAAGAAAUGGGAGCUGGAAAAUAAUAUACAAACGUUGCCCAGCUGCGAUGAUAUUUUUCGUUAUGAUGCCGAACAACAGCGCCAGAUAAUUGACGCCAAACCAUGGGAGAAAGAUCCACAUUACUUUAAGGACAUUAAAAUUUCGGCUCUCGCGCUGCUCAAGAUGGUCAUGCACGCCCGCUCCGGUGGCACAUUGGAGAUUAUGGGCCUAAUGUUGGGCAAAGUGGAGGACAACACAAUGAUUGUGAUGGACGCAUUUGCGCUGCCCGUGGAGGGCACAGAGACGCGCGUUAAUGCCCAGGCACAGGCCUAUGAGUACAUGACCGCCUAUAUGGAGGCAGCCAAAGAAGUUGGACGGUUGGAGCAUGCCGUUGGCUGGUAUCACAGCCAUCCAGGCUACGGCUGCUGGUUGUCGGGCAUCGAUGUGUCCACCCAGAUGCUCAAUCAGACCUACCAGGAGCCAUUCGUAGCCAUUGUCGUGGAUCCGGUGCGCACCGUCUCCGCCGGCAAGGUAUGCCUCGGUGCAUUCCGCACAUAUCCAAAGGGCUACAAGCCGCCAAAUGAGGAGCCAUCCGAAUAUCAAACGAUACCGCUAAACAAGAUUGAGGAUUUUGGCGUUCAUUGCAAGCAAUACUAUCCGCUGGAAAUAAGCUAUUUUAAGUCAGACUUGGAUCGCAAACUGCUCGAUUCACUGUGGAACAAGUAUUGGGUGAAUACGUUGGGCAGCUCCGGUCUCCUAACCAAUACCGAGUACACGACCGGCCAAAUCAUGGACUUGUCUGAGAAGCUGGAGCAAAGUGAAAACUUUUUAGGUCGCGGCACCGAUGUCAAUGAGAAGCGAUCCGAGGAUAAGCUGUCCAAGGCAACGCGCGACUGCAGCCGCUCCACAAUAGAGCUCAUACACGGCCUGAUGGCACAAAUUGUCAAGGACAAGCUCUUCAACAAAGUGGGCCUGGGCAAAUAGGCUGGACUGAAAGCUUAACGUUUUGUAAUUGUCAGAAAUUGCAUUCAUAAAUAUAUAAAUCUCCAAUUGGGGGCAUUUUCCAUGACAAA